AGGGCAUAUAAAAAUGGCAGCCUACAUGGGAUUGUGAUCUAAACUCGACAUAUGCAUGAUUUCCUUUACUUAUCUGCGUUGUUUUUCUCGAAACGAGCACCACCUUUGACGUCAUAACUGAUUUGUCACCACGGAAACGACUUGUCCAUCAGUUGUGAAACUAUGCGGAAAAAACAGGUACCUUCACGAAAGGUCUCGCGUCGCCUGGCGAGUUACGAACCUGCGACGUUACUGGCCGCGUGGGAUGCCGUUAAAGGAGGAAUGACAAUCUACCAGGCCUCACAGCUCUUCGGCAUUCCCAGUCAGACUCUGAGGGACAGAAAGAACGGAAAAGUCCUUGAACCGGAGGACUUCGGGUCUGGUCGACAUCCGGCUCUGGCGAAAGAAGACGAACAGAAGCUGAUAGACCACAUCAAAUACCUGACAACCAUCGGCUAUUGGUGUUCGCGGGCCGAUAUUGCAAGACUCGCGACCGAUUAUUCGCACUAUCUACACAUUCUGCCUAGCGACCGUAGUCUAACUGCUGGGUGGUUUAAAAGGUUCGAUCUCCGGUGGCCCGAAUUGAAAACUGUCAGACAAAGAGCGACUGUGUCGUGUCCAGGAAAACACACGAAAGGAGCGACGGCAGACGAAUUAAAAACGUAUUACGUGGAACUGAAAAUGAUAUUGGACAAAUACGAAUUACAUGACAAACCUCAGUGUAUUUAUUACAUGGACGAAACGGCGAUUGUUACAGAGCCUGAUAAAGUGUCUGCGUUAAAGGGAGAUAAGUCUGCAAUGGUCGCAAAGUACGUGUCGUCCCCACUCACUGUGGUUGCAUGUGGAAACGCUGCUGGGACGUACUUACCUCCCUUUCUUAUUUUUAAAGGUAAGAAGAAAAAGACGGAACUGUCAGAGAAGUAUUCGGAAGGAACUGAAGUUAGAAUGUCUGAAAUGGGAUGGUCCGAUAGUGUACUGUUGACAGAUUUUGUUAAACACCAUUUUUGCAAUUGCACCAUGGGAGAUAACUCUGAUGUAAAACUGUUGUUGUAUGACGGAAGAGCCAGUCAUAUAAAUAUCGGUUUAAUCGACUGGGCUCGAGAACACAAAAUCAUUUUGUUCCUCCUUCCUCCGAGUACGAAAAAUCCAAUACAACCAUCGGACGUUGGGUGUUUUGAAGAAUUCAAGAAAAUUCUUUACGACGAAUGCGAGGCAUUCAUGAACAGAAACGGCACCGAUUCCAUCUCAAAGUACGACUUAGGAGGCAUCGUUUGCAUGAUCUAUCCGAAAGCGCUUUCAUCUUACAACUUAAUGUCGACGUUUAGCAAAUCUGGAAUCUACCCAUUUAAUUCAUCCGUCUUUGAGAACGACCUCAUCACAACACCUCCGGCAUCUAACGGACAUUCUGUAACCAUCACCACCACCGACAGUUUGACAAACACCGACCUUCAAAUAGACGACUCUACAGAUCUCAUUAACAACGUUAGUGCAGAAACUGAACAGUCACACACACCUGUGAUCAUAAAAAAAUCAAAGAAACAGAAAACCAUUCCGCCUCUAAAAAUUCGUAGAAUUACCGCAACCAAACGGUCAGAACCUGUUGUUGCAUGCUCAAGCAAGAACUGGACUUCGCGUAAACAUCGUAAACCUGUGGCUGUGUCAUCUGACAGUGAUUCUACUGACGGUGAUUCCGAUGUGGCCGAUGAGGACAAGUGCUGUGUGUGUGGACAUUACGAGCCAGACGUGUUGAAACAUCAAUCGUGUCUUCACCUCGUGAACUGGGCACAGUGUGAGAACUGUAGUCACUGGGUUCACCUCCGGUUCUGUGUGACGCAGAAAGCCAUCAGGAGACACACAAACUUCCUCUGUCCACAUUGUAAAUAGUGCCAUCUUCCAAAAAAACAUACAUAACUCUUGAGUCUUUGUUAACAGUAUUGUUAGCUGUAAAUCAAGGUCCAAACCAAACAAGAAAUAGUCACUUGUUUUACCUCAAAUUCUAUAUGUCUUGAGUCUGUUAAAGGGACAUUCCUGAGUUUGCUGCAAUUUUUAAGAUGUUAUCGACUAACAGAGACUUUUUAAAGA